CGCGCGUCGAAUCAGACGACGCCAGUUCGCACGGCACGGCACAGCACAGCUCCACCUUGGCUCAGGCGGCGACACCCCUAGGAUCGCGUCGAGAAGGAGGGCAGCCAGCCGCACGGGGAAAAACGCCGAGCUUCGCGUUCUGGAUAGAACCCAUCGCGAGGCCGCUACGUCACUGUGUUUUUUCCCAGCGUUUUGUCGUUGGUCGUACCCCGAGCAGACGAGAGCCUGAGGGCCCCAGCAGAACCUGCGGCGAAGCCUGG